AUGGGAUCUCCUAUUUCUUCUGUAAUUGCCAACAUCUUCAUGGAGCAUUUUGCAAAAGAGGCCCUCAAGAAAACAUCUAAGAAACCAGAAGUUUGGUUCCGUUAUGUAGACGACACAUUCGUGAUAUGGAAACACGGCAGAGCCGAACUCCAUGUUCUUGUCUCUAAGAAAGCUAACGGUAUCUUAGGCCAUCAAGUGUACAGAAAACCAACACACACAGAUAGAUACCUACAUGCCGAGUCGCACCACCAUUCAUCACAGAAACAGUCUGCAAUCAACUCACUUGUCCAUAGAGCACCAUCUCUGACAAAGAACAUCUACAGACAGAACUCAAUCACUUAA